UUCAAUCGUUAUCUCCCCCUCCUUACUUGGGGCUCAAAAGAGCUCAUAUAAUUUUGUUAAUGUCAGUUUCAUCAAACAUACUCAAAGAGAAUUCUCGCGACUUGUUGCGAGAAGAGGAACCUGGUGAUGCUGAAGUCGAAUUUCCCAUUGACGAUGAGGACGAAGAUUUUUCGAUAACGAGUAUUAGGAUUGUUUUGGUAGACUCAGAUCCUGAAUCCUUAUGCCUCAUGAAGAACCUCAUGACACAGUUCUCUUACCAAGUAAGGGAUUUUAAAAACGGAGCUGAAGCUAUUGCUUUCUUGAUGAUGAGCAAGCAUGAGAUCGAUUUAGUGAUUUGGGAUUUUCACGUGCCCGAGAUUAAUGGACUGGAAGCUCUCAAAACCAUUGGUAAAGAGAUGGAUUUGCCCGUAGUAAUAAUGUCUCAUGAACACAAGAAGAAAACUGUGAUGGAAUCGACAAAACGAGGCUCAUGUAACUUUCUCGUGAAGCCAGUAAGCAAAGAAAUCAUUGCAGUUCUAUGGCAACAUGUUUACCGCAAGAGAGUAUCUAUAUAUUCAGUUGAAUCAAAUCCAGAAGAAACUGUCGGUUUAGAUCAAGAUGAUAUUGAUCUCUAUCAGACCAACUCCAAUUGCGGAGAACAAACCAGUUCCUAUCAAAAAGAAGACAAGAACAAGAAACCGCGGAUGACUUGGACACCUGAACUUCACCAACUGUUUGAAAAAGCGGUCGAGAAAAUGGGCGGUGUUGAACAGGCCGUUCCAAAGCAGAUUCUCAAAUGUAUGCAAGAAGAAAAGGAUGCGGAAGGACUCACUAGAAACAAUGUUGCCAGUCAUCUUCAGAAGUACCGUCUAAAUUCAGGGAAAAAGUCAUCCAUGAUCCAGGAAACUCGAGAAGAUUCUGAGUGGCGUAAUGCUGGACCAAACACCGCUCUUACGGCUUCUAAACCGCUACCAAACUCCAUCUUCGGUCUCCAUACUAGAGUACCGUAUUUUGCGAACGAUCAAGACGCGAGAAACGGCCCCAUGCAGUAUCCUUCAACCAAUUACUUCACAAUGGACAAUGCCCAUUUCAUGACCAACUCUUUUGCUAAUCUACCUUAUACUGACUCGUUUCAUCAGCAACAACAAUUUCAACAUCAGCAGUACUCCCAUUCUUCUCUUCAGUUACCUUCCGUGAUAACCAAACAAGAGUUUCCAUACGUGUCAGCAGCCCUGGAAAAUCCCGAUCUCAUAGCUAAUAAAAAUUCACCCUACAUGGACUGGGGAGACUAUUUGCCAGAAGGCGGACUUAGCGAUUUCGAUAAGACUAAUCGUUAUUGACUCGUCAAAGGGAGGUGAUAUAUGAAUUCGUCUCUUUAUCGUAGCUCUUCUCUCUUCCCCCUGAUUUUUUUUUCAUGUUCUUAUUGAGGUUUUUUUGAACCACACAAUCGCUCAUCGGAUACCUUCGUUCGAUUUGCAUUUGGCGUGGUAGUAUUUCUGUUAUUUUGGUGGAACUAUAUAGUUUUAGUUGUGAGUGAUCUAUAAUCACUUACGUAGAUAUAGUUGAUUUAAUUUA